AAGAGGCCUCAUGCCAGUGUAUCCGCUUCACACGCAGAGCCCCAGGAGCGACAAAAAUCAUACGAUGGCGAAGGUAGCGCCAGCCAUGAGGACGACGGGUCCUCGGUGAAAAAGGCGCGCUCCUUCAUGGCCACUCUCGCGUGCGAUAUAUGUAGAUCAAGGAAAACAAGAUGCGACGAAGACCGCCCAAAAUGCGGCCACUGCAGAACCAUGAACUUGGAGUGCACUUAUCAAGCACCACGAGCAACCAAGAAAGAUCAAUCCAUGGCAGUAGCAAUCAACGCUAUUCGGAGGCUCGAGUCCAAAAUUGAAGAUCUCACGGCGGCCAUUAAUGCUCCAAAGGCCGCGCCCACAUUGCCGCCCUCCCCAGCAGGAGCCAUGUUUGACCAUCACUCGCCUCUGGCGACUUUCUCUCAGCCAAGCCCGGGGACGCAUAUGACAAGCGCAGCUUCAAACAGUUUCCAUGGCAACAGAAUGAGCAUACACGAGCUUGCAAUGUCUCCGCAAGUCGUAGGGACCCCGGGCAAAAGCCCUUUCCCCCUCCCAGAAGUACAGGGCGCAGUGGAUCUCUCCUUCAGCCAGCACCGGGUGGCACUGUGGUCUGCCGUGCAACAUAUUCUUCCUGCGUCGUUCGUCUCUGCACGCAAGGAGCUUCCGGAAGAUUAUAUUGUCGAGAUUGAAACCCAGAGACUACCGCUGCCAAUACACAUUGAUGUUCCGUACGGCACGAGUCCCGACAGUUGGCUGAUGAAUCUCCCGCAGUCGGCGGUAAAGGGUCUAGCAGAUGCGUAUUUUGCCGUGUUUCACCGCAGUACGCCCAUACUCGACAAGUAUCAUUUCUUCUCGAGCACUUUGGGCAUGGCCAUGGAGAACGAAUUUGGGUACAAUAUCGAGUCUGCUCUGGUACUCAACGUGCUGGCGCUAGGAUGCCUGGCGGUUAAGGCGCAUGAGGAAGGCGACUUUAGUCUUCCCUCUCGUCACGCGACGACUGGACGCGGCUUCGUGCAUCCCGAGUGGUAUGAACUCAUCACUGACGAGCCUCCGGGGCUCAAGUUCUUCAACGAAGCUCGAAAGCGCUUUGGGUUUCUCAUGUGCCAGAGCGACAUCCAAGCCGGCCAGUUCUACAUGCUGUCGACGCUCUACUAUGCUCAGAUUUUGCGGCCGCUGGAUUCGUGGGCCACAGUGAACAGGGCAGCUUUGUGCUGUGCAAGCAUACUCACGCGCACAUCAACCGUCGACUAUGACACGUGGGAGGGUGACAUGCUCUCAAGGCUCUUUUGGUCUACUUUGAUGUAUGAGACGGUGAUUAUCCAAGAGCUGGAUUUGCUUCCUACCAGCGGGCUGCUGGACUACGAGCCAGACAUUCCACUGCCAAAGUUCACACAGUGUCCACGACCCAAGACAUCGAUAGCAGGGCUACUUACUGACGAGGAUGAUUCGCUGUUCAACUUCCACUUUCUCGCACAAGCCGCGCAUCGCAUCAUUCUCACGCGGGUGAAGCAGAGCGUGUAUACGUUUGCGGAGAAGGAAGGCUACCCAAGUGCCAGCCUAACAGCAGAGAUGCAUCAUCAGCUGGAGCAGUGGCGGGAAAACCUUCCGCCAUCGCUGCAGUUCUCCGACAGUGACGAUGGCAGCGACUCGGCUAGCCCGGCACAUGUGAUAGCCAAGGCCAUGCUACGCAGUCGCUACCUGGUCGCAAAGUUUCACAUUGGACGGCCGUUUCUCUACAAAGCACUGCAUGCAGCGGCAUGCACGAAUGAGGCAGAGUAUGAGGAGGUGCGGGCGGGGCUUCGGGGCGGCAUGUACUGGCCGACAACCAUGGGCCUGUGUACGCAGAUGCUGUCAGCUCUGCCCAUCAAGUUUGGGUGGUGUUGUCAGUGCUUCGGGCAGGUCCUGCUGUUCCACGCCAUCGCGCGCUGUGGCAACGCAAAGCUGCGCGAGACGUUACCCGAGGGGUGGCAGGAGUGGGUGGGCAUCAUGAUGACGCUGAUUAAGAGCUGUGCCAGAAGCAGCCCAGGCAUUGCCAAGGACUACGAACUGCUGCGGUUGUUGGACGUCUGAGGGGCAUAUAUGUGUGUGCGGAAGUUCUCACGGUUCGGCGGGGCAUGCUUGACGUAUGGAUGGAUGUACAGCGUCCCAACAAGAUGGAUGACACAGCAAAGGCGGUGCGUGGCUGCGCCAUACCAUAGGUGGCGCGGUGGCACAGGCAGAGGCGGCACUCCGAUAUACGCCUGGGGCUGGUGAGUGGUGCCUGGAUGGACACGGAGUUGUAGGGACAGGGAGGACCUGGCGUCCAUCAUACCAUU